GACAGGUCAUAAUAUCCCCGACUGCUGCUGUUUCUUUCUUAUCUGUCCCUUCCUUCACUUCCUCCCCAUCUUUUUUCCCUCCUCAACUGACCUCACAUCCUACAAUACACACCACCAUGCCGAACCGUCUAGGAAUUGCUUCGAUGUCGCUGGGCCGACCGGGCAUCCACAGUCUGUCCAGCAAGCUGCACCAGGCCGCUCUGCACGGCUACGAGGGCAUUGAGCUGUUUUUCGACGACCUCGACCACUUCGCCAAAACCCUGUUCCAGGGGUGCCACAUCGCGGCGGCCAAGCAGGUACGCCGGCUGUGCGACUCGCUGGGGCUGACCAUCAUCUGCCUGCAGCCCUUCUCCUUCUACGAGGGCCUGCUGGACCGCGCGGAGUCGGAGCGCAUGGUCACCGAGAAGCUGCCGCGGUGGUUCGAGCUGGCGCGUCUCCUGGACACCGACAUGAUCCAGAUUCCGUCCAACUUCCUGCUGGCCGACGCGGAGACGGGCGAGCUGCGCACGACGGGCGACCGCGCGGUGAUCGUGAGCGACCUGCAGCGUGUCGCCGAUCUGGGGCUGCAGCAGAAGCCGCCCUUCCGGUUCGUCUACGAGGCCCUCUGCUGGGGCAACCACGUCGACACCUGGGACGCCUCGUGGGAGAUCGUGCAGCAGGUCGACCGCCCCAAUUUUGGGUUGUGUCUGGACACCUUCAACCUGGCUGGUCGCGUCUACGCCGACCCCGCCCAUCCCUCGGGCAAGACCCCCAACGCCGACGCCGACCUUGCCGCCUCGCUGGCCAAGCUGCGCCAGUCGGUCGAUGUCAAGAAGAUCUUCUACAUCCAGAUCGUGGAUGGCGAGCGUCUCAGCGCCCCCCUCGACGCCACCCACCCCUUCCAUGUCCCCGGCCAGCCCGUCCGCAUGAACUGGUCUCGCAACGCCCGCUUGUUUGCCUUUGAGGAGGAUCGCGGCGGCUACCUGCCCGUUCAGGAGGUCGCCCAGGCCUUCUUUGAUACCGGCUUCGAGGGCUGGGUCUCGCUCGAGCUGUUCUCGCGGACCUUGGCUGAUCCUCACCCGGAUACGCCCAAGCAGCACGCUCGCCGCGGACUGGAGUCGUGGAAGAAGCUGGUCACCCGGCUGGGUCUGAGUGAUGUCUCGCCGUCCGCGGAGUUUGAGCCGGCCGGGAACUCGUCGGUGGAGACUCCUGCUGUGGCUGCUCCUUCGUCGCCUCUGCAGCACCGUCUGUGAGGGUGGUGCUUGACCGUGGGAUACCACGCGGAUGCUCCAUCUGUCGCUGGAGCUAAACCAUGGAUGAGCUUUCAAGCUCAAUGCCCUCCAUACAUACAACUCAACAUCAUCCUAAACACAAAGAUGAUGUGAAUAAAAAUAUACCCCGUCUUCAGCCUGACAGGCUGGCUAUCGAUCAGCUCGAUCACUCCAGCCUUGGGGUCGGGCUGAUACUCUGCACAUACUACCGCUAAAUUUACUCGAUUAGCAAGGGAUUCUGUAUCUGGU